UUUUCAGAUACGUUUAUGAAAAGCACUCAAAACAGCACAGAACGUAACGUGACUCUCCGUACACAACAACAACGAAGGAAGCCACGAGUGCUAUUCUCUCAGCGGCAGGUGAGCGAACUGGAGGAACACUUCAAGAAGCAGCGCUACGUGACGGCUGCAGAACGAGAGGAGUUAGCACGCAGUCUAGGACUCAGCGCUACGCAGGUAAAAAUUUGGUUCCAAAAUCGUCGAUACAAAUGUAAGCGCCUCGCACAAGACAGGACACUGCAGUUGAGCCACUUACCAUUUUCACCGGUGAGAAAUUAG